GUGCAAAAAUAAAAAGGGUCUCAGUAUGAGGAUUAAAUAUACAAUUUUCAUAUUUUUUGUGUUAUUAUGUUUCGCUUGUGUAUCAAGAUUUACUCUCUAUGUUCUACACUUCCAGUGUUUCACAGUAUUUACAGAAAUUUUAUCCCGUUUCAUUUAUAAGUUGUUCCUGAAGCAGAAGACUAGUAGCAACAGCACCGGUAGCAACAACAGCUGUAGCCAUAGCAGCAGCAGAAAAAGUGUCACCAGUCGCAACAACAGCUGCAGCAACAGUAGCACUACUAUUAGCAUCGCCAAGAGGACCGUCGUCAACACCACUAGCAGCAGCCAUGAGCACCACCACCUUCUCCAAACAUAAAUCACUGAAAGACCGCUACGAUACUGAAGAAGAACUUCGCCUUAAGGAAUUUCUUUUCGAGGUCAUAAAGACAUAUUGUACCGAUGAUACCUCGGAUCUUCAUGGAGAAUUAAGAUCAUCGUUGAAGUCUGGGAACAAAACGAACUCGAAAGGUCAGGACCCCGCUGAGGACGCCAUGGCAGUAGUGUACAUCGUGUUUGUGUUGCUGUUCUUCUCUACUUCGCUCCUCAUCGUCCUUGUCAAAUAUGUUCGUAGGGAGAGAGAAACAGUGAAGUUAGAAAAGUUUUACCAGGAAUAUAUGAAGAGAAGGCAUUCUAGUCUUGUGGUGCACUUCGAUGAAGCUGGGCGUCCUUUGUCGUCAGUCCCUCACAGAAAGCCGUCGAUAGUUUACCCGACGCCCACACCCACGCCCACGCCUACGCCCGCAGCCACGCCCACGUCCACGCCAUCUCUGGCGUUUUUCAUUCCCUCUGCUAUACCUCUUGCCAGGAGUAUGCCUUUAGAUCUGAUCACCGAAAUGGAGUCAUUCACCACUGCUGUGACAACUAAACUCUCGUCUACACCAACUAUGUUACCAUCUACUGAAAAUACACCAUCAUCUUCCACAAGUAGCACAUCAUCUACAACAACUAUGUCACCAUCUACCUCAAAAACAUCAUCUACCUCAAUUACGACAUCAUCCACAGCAACUACGUCAGCAUCAACCACAACUACAUCGUCAGCUACCAAAACUACGCAAGAAUUUACCACGACUCCACUAUCACUUACUGCAACUACGAAAUCCUCUACUACAACUACGAAAUCAUCUACUACUACAACGUUAUCAUCGACUACAACUAAACCACCAUCUAUCAAAACAGUGCCAUGAUUUACCGAGUUACCUCUAUGUUAAUGAGAAAAUUCAAUAGUUGUCAGAUAUCUCUGCAAUUAUUUUACUCGUUGGGAACCUCUAAACCCAAAAAGAACAUUUAUAAAUUAAGAAAUGGGGAAAUAAUCAGGAAUGAUCCAAGGAUGAGGAGGAUAUCUCUAAUUCCUUGAAUCAAAAACCACCCUCUAG